AACAUCAGAAUUUUGCUAAAUCAACUUCCAUUGUCAAUCCCCAAAAACAUUUAGAAAAAUACCCAUCAAUCAGGAAGGCAGAUCGAUAGAGAAAGCUGAUGGAACUGAUUGACAAUUGAUUAAAUUGAAAGAAAAUGCAUCUGAUGAAUGUGAUCUCAUUGGCUCGAAUGGCGACCUAUGAUAUAUUGGAUGAGGAGCACUUGCCAUUUGGGUCAUUAUGGUGGAUAAUUUACGCGGGUAUUUCCUUUUUUUUGGUUUUAUUCGCGGGUAUAAUGUCGGGUCUUACUCUAGGGUUAAUGUCUCUCAGUCUUGUUGAUCUUGAGAUUUUGCAACGUAGUGGCAAUCCUUCAGAAAAAUAUCAAGCUGCUACCAUUCUUCCUGUUGUUCAGAAGCAGCAUCAGCUGCUCGUCACCUUGCUCCUGUGCAAUGCUUGUGCUAUGGAGGCUCUUCCUUUAUAUCUGGAUAAACUUGUCAAUCAGUUUCUAGCUAUUGUGCUUUCUGUGACUUUUGUUCUAUUCUUUGGUGAGGUAAUCCCACAAGCUAUCUGUACCAGAUAUGGACUUGCUGUUGGUGCAAAUUUUGUAUGGCUUGUUCGCUUUCUAAUGAUAGUUUGCUAUCCAAUUGCUUAUCCGAUUGGGAAGGUCUUAGACUAUUUGCUUGGGCAUAGUGACGUACUUUUCAGGCGUGCUCAAUUGAAAGCACUUGUUAGUAUUCACAGCAAGGAGGCUGGCAAAGGAGGGGAGCUUACCCAUGACGAAACAACGAUCAUAAGCGGUGCCCUGGAUUUGACUGAGAAGACUGCUGAGGAGGCUAUGACACCUAUUGAAUCAACAUUCUCAAUAGAUGUUCAUUCAAAGCUAGACUGGGAAGCAAUGGGAAAAAUUCUUGCUCGGGGACAUAGUCGUGUUCCCAUAUAUUCCGGGAAUCCCAAGAAUAUUAUCGGUCUGUUAUUAGUAAAAAGUCUUCUUACAGUUAGGGCAGAAACAGAAACCCCAGUCAGUGCUGUUUCUAUCCGCAAAAUUCCAAGGGUUCCUUCUGAUAUGCCACUCUAUGACAUAUUGAAUGAGUUCCAGAAAGGAAGUAGUCACAUGGCUGCAGUUGUAAGGAUCAAAGCGAAAAGCAAGAGCCCAUCUAGCAACCAUGAUGAGAAGACGAAAGGCAAUAUGGUUAUAUCCGAGGUUUCUGAAUUAACCACUCCCUUGCUUGCGAAGCAGGAAGUGGAAUCUGUAGUUAUCGACAUGGAAAAGACGUGGAAGUCUAUCACUGCGGAUGGCCAAGUGGCUGCUCUUUUUCCAUCUGAUGUCGAUGAUGGUGAGGUUAUUGGCAUAAUCACACUCGAGGAUGUGUUUGAAGAACUUUUACAGGAGGAAAUUGUGGAUGAGACCGAUGAAUAUGUUGACGUGCAUAAUCGGGUUCGUGUGGUUGCAGCGGCUGCUUCACUCGCGCGAGCCCCUUCAAUAAGAAGGCUGAUACCUGGUGGAAUAAAUAAGCAGGGAGCAACUCCGAGAAAGUCUAGUUUGGAAAAUUGUCUAUCACUAACCCGCCGGACAAUAACUAGUGUGGAAAGUUCUGUCAUUCAACCGCCAAGCACGGCUGCUACUGAGGUUGCUGUGAACGACCAUCCAUGAGAUUAACAAGCAUCUUGAAAUUAAGAUGUGAAUUUUGACUCCAACGAAGGAGACAUUUUAAUUAAGUGAAUAAAAAAUUACUGUUUAUCUGUUCCUUUGAGUUUACGCCAUAAAACUUAAACGUGUGAGAAUUUUGUGAGUGUUGUGGUGCAAACUCAAAUGGGUGGAGGGACUAAGAGUUAGGACAUAUGGGUUUUUUAUUGGGUAGUAAUUAGUAGCAUGGCCGUCAAUUAGCAUAUGCAAAGUAGUUUACAGCACAAGGUCCUAUUAUCAGAGAGGCCCAAAAAUCUAUUUUUAUACUUAUUUGAUUUAUUGUUUCAAUUACUACGAACAUAUGUAAUUAUGUACAUUAUUUUACACGAGAGUAACCAAGUAAUAAAGAGUUGGAUAUUAAUAUUUUAAUAAAUAGAGAAAUUUUAUCAUACAUAA